GCACAGGGGUUGUGUAUCCAUGCUUCACCAGCCCUGAGCAAGCCGAGCACAUAGCGGGGAACACGUAUUCAGAGAAAGUCUGAUUCAACUGAAUGCCUUGGGUGAUUUCACACCAUUCGUUUGAAGAAAGGUGACGCUUGAGCGAGAGAAAGUGGAAAUCCAUAGCACACCGCCGCAAAUAGGGUCUCGUCCUGCUCUCCUAAAUCUCAUCCCUUCCAGUGUUGUUCUCGCUGUCCAGUCAACUGUGGAGCGCUGGAGCGACAUGCACCCGCAGCGACCGCAAACCCAUGCCAUGCCAUCCUCGCUGGGCCAAAACUUCAGAGAUGCGGCCCUGAGGAUGGGCCGUGGCAAGAAUCUCCUGGGGGGAAAUGUAGCCUAUGGGGUCACCCAGUCUCUUAAAGAGUGUUUGUACUUCCUGCUCUGUUGCUGGUGCAUUAAAGAGAUCUUGGACUAAAAGAAAGCAUCUCGGCACCAGUGUUUUAUCAUCAGAGACAUGUUCUCUGCGACAGCAGUCUUAACCCCAGAUCUCUUUACACAUACACAAAUUUUACAAACCUUUUUGAGAAUGUUGUCCAAUAAAUGAUGAUCUUAUCAAUGAAAAAAGAG